AUGCAGAUCACGUCGCUCAUCUCCUUCGUGGCUCUGGCUGCCGUCGCUUCUGCCAAUUUGCACAGUAGCGCCGUCUGCGUCACCGAUAGAACCAGCCAGCCCGUUGGCGGCACUGCGUUCAGUGUCAGCUAUACGUGGUCUAACAACUACGAGAUCCUCCCUGAUGCGACGAAGUGUGCUUGUAACCUUUACCGAAACCGUAACACCGGUAACGAGCAGUGGGAUAAAUGUCCCGACUGCACCUUCGACGGUAUCCAAUGCAAUUCUGCCGGCUGGCAUAUUGGUGGUGAUGAGUUCGAUUACUACUGCGAGAAAAAAUGCGGUGCUGAAGGCUCUGAGGCCAACUAG